AUGGCAAGUCCAACAUAUUCAAAGAGAGCUGGAUCCGUAAGAAGACCAUUCGACAAGCAGAGACUUGUUAACGAGAUGAAGUACGUGGGUGUAUACGGGCUAAAGUCAAAGAGAGAGCUGAGGGUUCUCGAGAAGAUAUUCCACGAUGUAAAGAGAAGAGCAAAGGACCUUCUUAUAAACACCGACGAGGAGUACCAGAUGGUGCAGGGCAGAGCUCUUCUGCACAGGCUGGAGAAGCAGGGCCUGGUUAGCGGAGUAGACUACCAGUCCAAGAAGGAGAUCAUCACAGAGCUCGAAAAGGUUCUUGACCUAGAGAUCACCUCUCUUCUAGACAGAAGGCUGCAGACCAAGGUGAACGCCCUCGGCCUUUCAAAGUCCAUCCACCACGCCCGAGUUCUUAUCAACCAGAGACACAUAACUGUCAAUGGGGCCAUCGUGGACAAGCCCGGGUUUUUGGUAAACGCAGACAGCGAGGCAUACAUAGAAAUGUCGCAAAACUCUGCGCUGGUCAAGGAAGGAAAGCUUGGAAGAACUGCAAAGAAGAAUGCAAAAAAGGCCUCUUCUGAAUAA